UGUCAAAUUUUCCCCUUUACAGGGAAGCAGCGCCCUCACCGUUCAUUAGGCACAACUGUGAUUUGUAAACAUUCCUUGAGAAAAAAUUUACAAAUUUCGCAAUUUUUCUCACAAAAUCUCCCCCAAUUUCUCUUCCAUUUCUCAUAUACAGUGAAAAAUAAAAUACCUACAUUAAAUACGAAUUAAAAUAGAAACUCAAAGACGCAGAAAAAACCGGAAGUUGUGAAGAAAUCGCAAGAAUUGGCAAAGAAUCGCAUUCGCUUUCUUUCAACCUUUGACCUCGCGAGUACUCGAAAGAUUAAGGCCAAAGACGGCAAUCAAGUCUUAUCUGGCUUUUUUUUUGUACCUGUUGGAGCUGUAAAUUAAUACAUAAUUUGCUUAACGUUGUGCAAUAAAAAAGGAAAGAAAAAAUCGUGCGGAAAAUGUCCCUGUCAAAGCCAAUUUUCAAUUUAAUCGGAACAUAUUUUGAACAAUUGUUCAAUCACCCCAUCAGGACAAAAUCGCUAACAAGCUGUGUCAUCGCCACUACGGGCAAUAUUGUGUCGCAGAAGAUUUCCGGGAGUAACAGCAUUAAUCCACACAGUGUCUUUGCCUACGGACUUUUUGGAUUAAUUUUUGGCGGGACCAUUCCUCACUACUUUUACGCCUUCAUCGAACGAAUCUUCUCGGAUGAAGUGAAAUUCCGCAAAUUCUACCAAUUCCUACUGGAACGUCUCACCUUCACGCCAGUCUUUCAGCUGUGCUCCCUGUACUUCCUCUCGCGCUUUGAGGGGAAUAACCAUCAGGUGGCCUUUGCAAAUCUCUACAAACUCUACUGGCCCAUUCUUCAGGCAAACUGGAAGUAUUUGUCCCUUUUUACCUUCAUGAACAUCACAUUCCUGCCGCCAAUUCUGCGUGUCUUCACGGCCAACCUCAUUGGAUUCUUCUGGAUUAUCUUUCUGGCCAACAAGAGGCGUCAAGCGGCCAAGAAGACUGAAUAAUUUGCAAAACAAUCUUUCUUCAAUCACAAAUGUGGCAUUUUAUUAGGGUUCUUUUUUCCAUUAAUUCAUGAUUUUUUUUCUUUUUAAUGCUUUAAAGAGGAUUUUUGCAACUCUUUUUUUUGUUAGGAGCAUUCUAUGGUGGAUGUGGGGAAUUAUUAUUUUUUUCUUUUGAUAAAUAUAGUUUGUUUUGCGUUCCAAAAUAUCAUGCCUUUGGGAAUAUAAAUAGGUUUUUUUUUUACUAAUAUAAAUAGGAUUUCAAAAUAAAUAAAUAGAGCAUUUCAGGGAGUGGGGGGAGAGGUUGACACUUGAAGUGUGCGCAUAAAAAGGAAAGAAAAAAUUGCACGAAAAAAUCAAGCACUUAAAAUUACAGAGAUUAUUCGACUUUCUUUUAGUGACUAGAUUGGACUAAAAAUGGGAAAGAAAGAAAACAUUUAAAGGAAUGUUUAGGAUUCACAAAAGGAUUUUUAUGCGUCUGUUGUAAUUUUUUUUGAACAAAUAUUUUAGGACAAAUUUUGUGAAAAAAGUUGAUAUUUUUGAUAAUAAAUAAUAUUAAAUAUUGUAAAAGGGAAACAAUAAAAUAUAUUUCUUGUACUAA